CAGGGACUAGCACCCUAACACCCACGCAUACCCUGCAACGUAGCCUGCAACAUCGAAACCGACCUGCACCACAGCGACUACGCCUCCUAGCUAUGCGUCAUUAGCGCCCGCAAUACUCCCCCGCCAACCCACAGAACCACACGCCGAGUAAGCCCCGGAACAGGAUAUCCGCAGCGUACCUCAGCCUACACCAUCGCACCCUCCCACCCGUGACUUGAAAGCGCGAUCCAUACACCUACCCUCGUUUUCCCUCUCCAUUUUAUAUAUUCCUCAUACAUAAUGGCAUACUUCAAAGACCGCGUAAUCCUCCUCACAGGCGCUGCAUCCGGCAUCGGGCUUGCGACGGCCCACCUGCUCGCCUCGCGGGGCGCAAAGCUCUCCCUCGCGGACGCGAAUGAAGCAGGUCUAGCUAACGCAGCGAACGAGAUUAAACAGCAGUGUCCUGGCGUCGCACUGAGAACAUCCGUCAUCGACGUCCGGAACGAGGCGCAGAUCCAGAUGUGGGUGGAGGGCGCGAAGGAGGCGUGGGGGAGGGUGGAUGGGGCAGCGAACGUGGCGGGUGUCAUCGGCAAAUCUAUCGGCGUCAACACCGUCGCCGACCAGGACGUCUCCGAGUGGGACUUCAUCAUGGACAUCAACCUCAAGGGCGUGAUGCUCUGCAUGAAGCAUCAGCUUCGCCACCUGUCCGACCACGGCGCCAUCGUCAACGCAUCCAGCAUCGCGGGGCUGCAGGGCCGCCCCCGGAACGCGGCGUAUGCGGCGAGCAAGCACGGGGUCAUUGGGCUGACGAGGAGCGCGGCCAAGGAGUUUGGGGAGAGGGGGAUUAGAGUGAAUGCGGUGUGCCCCGGCAUGAUUGACACGCCCAUGAGCCAAGCGGCGCGGAUACCGGUGAAGGAUACUAAAGAUGAGGCGCUGAGUGAGGCGUCGCGCGUUGCGCUUGGGAGGAAGGGGAAGGCGGAAGAGGUCGCGGAGUUGAUUGUGUAUCUGUUGAGUGACGGGGCGAGUUUUAUUACGGGGAACGCAGUGAGUGUGGAUGGAGGGUGGCAGUGUUGAGACAUAUAUAUAUAUAUGAUGAAGAAGAGACAGAAAACACUUGGGUUGAAAUACUACUAGA